CAGCCCUUGCGCUUCCUUGCCGGCCUGCACUGGCUCCUCACGGAGGGCGCCCUCCCUCCUCUGCAGGAGUCCCGAAGAGACAAAAGUCAGGAUGGAUGCUCAAACAUGGUAUUUGAGAACGUCAAAGCUGGCUCUGGCCUUGGCAAUUAUCCGCUCGACACCAGCUGACACAAGCAGCAAAGAAUACACAGAGCAUCUUGCGAAGGUGGUGUCCAAGCAGGAGUCAAUGUGGAGAUCUAAAGUCCAAGCCUUGGAAGCUGAAGUUCUGCAAUUACGCCACAAACUUCUUCUGAGCAGGAUGCGUGCAGGAGUAUUUAAGAGUGGAGACCCAUCUUCCCAGUUGCAGGCUCAGGAACCUGGAAGUUCUGAAAAUACAUUAAGUCUACUGGAAGAUUCUGGGUGUGAGUUAUCCAAUGAGCAGAGAAGUGAACCUUCAGAGAUGGCCCAGCAUUUUGUGGAGAGCUGCAGCCCCACGUCCUUUCUACCACUGCCCAUUGUGAAAAGACAUUGUUCCACUGUGGAAAAUCCUCUGUCUUCUCACAUGCAUUUCUUGCAACAUCUGCUUGAACUGAAGAACUUGACAGAAUCAGGGAGUCUGAAAACAGACUUAAGCCACUUUGAAAAUGACUUUUCCACAGUAUCUGACUCUGUUUUUCAGUUGUUGGAUGGCCUGAUCACUUUUUACCGUAAUCCCAAAUUUCCUUCUUCAAGCUUUUGGGAAGAAGCUGUUAAUACUUUAGCUGGACUGAUCAGUGAUAAUAACUUAUCUAAUCAUAUUCUUAAAAAGUGUUCCAAGAAGUUGGAAGAAUUUGAGAAAACCCUAUUACAGGUUAUUUUAAGGAGCAACUAUAUAAAUCGGUUUCAGGUGCAGCAUUAUGUCUCUCAGAGUCUGGUAACCCUGGGAAGUUGCAGCUUGUUGAGAAAAUCUAUAAUAUCUCUGCUUUUAUCAGAAGUAAACAGCUUCACUGAUGUUUUGGGUACCAUCAAUCAGGUUCAAGCCAGUUAUGCGACACACUAUGAAAAUAUUUUCUUCCUGUUCUGGGUUCUGGAGCAGCUUCUUCAAAAGGAAACCAAAGAAGGCAACACUUCAGGUGUAGGGCAUGAUGACCAAGAAAUCAAGAAAUUUCUUCAAAAGCAUGAUGAAACUAUUUUCCAACUCUCUGAUGCAUUUCCUUUAUUUACUUUUUAUUUAUGGAGACUGGGCGUUCUCUUGAACUCAGUAGAAACUGUUGACAGUAACUCACUUCCUUAGCAAUUUACUAAAUAUCAGAAGCAUACUAAAGUGUGAAGAUCUUCUGCUUAAAAGAUUUUCAAGAAUAUUUUUAAAUGAGCAUUUUAAGUGGAU